AGACCGCCACUUCCUUCUUCUUCAAAAAAACCUCUCUGUCCAAGACAAGCUCUCUCUUCCCUCUCUACCCUCUCCUUUUCUAAUGGAAAACACCUUCAAAUUGCGAUUCUCUCGCAUGUUUCGUGGCUCCUUUGGCUCGUGUCGGACCGGAAACUUAUCGGAUGUUGUAGAAAAAGCUGUGUUUGUUCCUCAAAGCCAAAAGGACUACUUCCAUUUCCAUAUGAUGGAGCCUUUGCAUCCUAAAGUGCGAUCCUUCCCUUCCAUUUGCGGACCCAAAUGCCCCGAAACAACAACCAAAGCCAUUACUAACUCUAUUUUCCCCAGACAGAAAAUAUCGGGUCGAUAUCCUCCUUUUAUAUCCAUGAAUGUUGAUGGACAUACUUGUCCCCCUGCAUCUCCCGCUUCUCCAUUGAAUCCAUUUUACAGAGAAUCUGGUUUCAAGAAGAGUUCGAACUCAGUAAAGAACAAGAAAAAGAAAAAGAAAAAGAACAAUGGCCAUGGCCAUGGCCAUUUUUUGAAGAGUAAUAGAAGGGACGUUAAUCUGUUUAGCUCAUCUUCUCAAGACAGUGCAUACUUUGAAGGUAGUUAUUGGUUUAGCAGCGAAGAAGAUGAAGACGAAAGAGAAGGCGAGUCAGAUACGCUUUUUUCUUCGAGAAGCCUGUCUUCAGAUUCAUCAGGAUCUCACCGCCACCGUUCGCGCCGUAAAAAGUACAGUUCUCGCCGGAGAAGACCUACGUCCUCUAAGAAUUGUUCUCAAAUGGGUACCGUUCUGCCAUUGCAUGGAAAAGUGAAGGAUAGUUUUGCAGUGGUGAAAAGCUCUAGUGAUCCGUAUAAUGAUUUCAGGACAUCAAUGGUGGAAAUGAUCGUUGAAAAACAGAUAUUUGCAGCUAAGGAUCUUGAACAGCUUUUACAGUGUUUCUUGUCUUUGAACUCUGAUCAUCAUCAUAGGAUCAUUGUGGAGGUUUUUACAGAGAUAUGGGAAGCCUUGUUUUCUAACUCGUGUUAGUCAAAAAAACUAAUGUACUCUGUUCUUUUCUGUUAUAAUAUUAUUGUAGUUUAGAGUUCUAACUAUGAUUAACUGCGCGUUAAUGAA